GGUAGACGCAUGAAACUGUCCCAGAGUAAAAUGGAUACUUUGUUUUUUGUUAUAUUUGUGCUUCUGCGAUUCAGCUCUGCAUCGGGUUUUCUCGUCAUGCAGACCCCGAAGAGGUUGUGUCUGGUGACCCGCAGACAGACGGUUAUCUUGGGCCAGUGUGAUGCCACAGACCCUGCACAGCACUGGGAGUGGACAGGCGCUGGGAGACUGACACAUGCUCAGUCCUCCCAGUGUCUCUGGGCUGAUCCAAAUCCCAACCUGCCACGCCACGCCCGUCUUGUUAAGCUCAGCAGCUGCACAGACGCACCAGCGUGGAAUUGCUAUGGCAUGAAGGGAGCGUUCGGAUUGGCAAAGACACCAAUGUACCUGAAGAAACAGGGCUUACGGCUUGUAAUCCGAGGAGACCCGCAGUAUUCAAAUUGGACCAAAUAUGAUGUUGAUUCAGGAGGGAAAGAAAUGAUGACGUCUUUAUGUCCAGGUACAGGCACAACCUCCAUCUCCACCACACUGUAUUCUUCGACACAUGAAGCAAAGGAAUUCACCAGCACCAUCCACACCAUGAAAACUCCUGCCAUUACUGUUAUUAAUGAACACUCAUCAAAUACAGUAAAAAUCCACAGGACCACCCGACAAGUUGCAACUUCAAAAGCCCUCAGCACAAUACCUAACAUGGCUGCAACAUAUGUAAAUGAGAUAACCAAAGCUCGAACUAGGAGGUCAGUAACGACAGACACCAUUCCUGGUAUCUCAACGUCUGUCACAGAGCUGUCAGUUUUGAACAGCAGCCAUAUUGUGUCGUCAAGCCCACCUAUGUUCAUGACUGACCGAUCCAUGGAUGUAUCAGCGAUUGCUUCAACCAGAAAUGCCCCAGAGCUUGGGACCAAAGCCAAAGACCUAGCACACCAAGGAGUUUCCACUUCCUCUCUUGGAGAUAAGCCCAUGUCAACUGCAGCCGCAGCUGUCACUUUGGUUUCCUCUACAAUUUCCUCAGUGCCAAACACAAGUGGCAAGACAGAUUCAGCAGCUACCUCUGAGGUUACAUCUGUGUCUUCUGGUGCUGGAGUCACUGCUACUGUUGGUUUAUCUGAUAUUUCUGACAUGAAGUCAAAUGCAGCCACCAUACUUUCAACUACCUAUAAUAACAACAAUAGCGAUAAGAUACCCACAUCCACUGCAAUCCUAUCCACAAUGACAGAUCCUUCAACAACUUCUCAUGCGCCUUUGACGGGAGAAUUAUCACCUAAAUCAACCAUCAUUACAGGCCUGACAUCGAUGCCUCAAACCCCAUCUACAGCUUCCAAAACUAUACUUACGACUGGCUUGAACCUACCCUCAUCCUCGACACUCUCAAGCAUCGCAACUCCCAACGUGCCAGCGAUUUCUGCAGCAGCCCCGAUCACAGCUACGCCAAGAGCCACCUCUACAGCUCCCCCAGUCAUACCCACCACUUCAAUACCCACACCUGACACCACCCCAUCAACCACAUCCACUGACAACCCAACAAAUACACACAUUGUCACCAAAACCAAACCCACCAUCACCCUUACAUCUUCCCCCAUUAUCAUAACCACACCCAGUACCACCAAAAACACACCUGCUACCACUCCAGUAAGAAUACCCACAACAACCGCACCAAAAUCUCCCAUGCUCACAAGUACACUCGUAACAACCAUGACCACAACAACUACACAAACAACUACACCCUCAACAACCACACCCAUAACAACUAUGCCCACAACAACUACCCCAACAACAACAACACCCAUAACAACCAUGCCCACAACAACUACCCCAACAACAACCACACUCAUAACAACCAUGUCCACAACAACUACACCCACAACUACCUCCACAACCACCACACCCAUAACAACCAUGCCUACAACAACUACCUCCACAACCACCACACCCAUAACAACCAUGCCUACAACAACUCCACCACCACAGCCAGUGUAA